AUGUCGGUGGACACUGUCUUCGCCCUGAUAAGAAAGGGUGAUGUCGCGGCAUUGCAGCGAGUCACCAAAGCUGGUUUCGAUUGGUCCUCUUCUUCACCAUCACCAUCUCGCUUGCCGGUCCUUCACGCAGCCAUUGAAGGAGGCCUAGUCCACGAUGAAGACAGGCACGAGAAGCAGCUCCUGAUUAUCAAGUGGCUCUUGGAGCAGGGCGCAAAUCCAGAGCAAAAGCCAGUUACGGGUGCGAAGUGCUGGGAUUUUAGGAACGAAGAUGGCUUCCGCGUACAGGUAGAGCCCUUCGGUACAAAUGCGAUUUCAAUCACCACCGCUAUUCACGAAGCUUUGUGCAAAAUGCCUUUCAAAUCGCCCAAGAUGUGCACGUUUCUUGACAAAGUCGUAGACUUGCUUACAACUUUGUGGCAGCAGGAGCGAGAGAAAGUCACGGUCGAUGCAAGCAUCCUGGAACGGUGGGAGUCUAUCUUAAGCAUGAAAUCUAGUCAGAAUGUGGUUUUCGAGACUGCAGAUGGUGAGGUGACAGCACACGACGUCGUUCUCAUUGCAGCCUCACCUGUGCUGAAAGUCAUGCUGAAAUCGCCAAUGCAGGAGGGCAUCACGAAGAGGAUCCCCGUCAGAGAUGCUUCCGAAAGUGGAGUGUCCUUGUUCGUGGACAUGGUCUACACAGGUGCGACGCAGAGUCGCCCAGACUGCAACACCAUGCUAGUGGCGUUGGACCUCGCUCACCGUUGGCAGGUCAAGGAUGCAGUGUGCAUGCUUGAAGAGGCCCUGUGCAAGAAGAUGACAGUCCAGAACUUCGUCUCCAUUGCAAAUGCUGCAGCCCUCAAAGAGCUAGAGAUGCUCCUAAAGGCAUGCAAGAAGUUUGCUGCAGAAAGCAAAGAAGUCCAGGCUUUUUUGAAGCGAAAACACGUCCCCGUGGCUGUGCGCCAGCUCAUGGGUGUGAGAAAGGAACCAGAGGUUGAGAGUCCGAAGCGCAGGAAGUGCGAACGCUUCAUCUUUUGA